UUCCUGUCGUUGUACCUGACCGGACUCGACUGUUCUUCAGUCUGCCUCUGCUGGACAACGAGGUGUCCAGUCUCUUAUUGUUUCAUAUCUUGGGAUUUCUGUCAUGGCCUUUUUCGCAAGACCUGCUUCUGCAUCGGCCGCUGUACGGAUAGUAAAUCCAAAUACCCAGAAUGAACCAGUACAACCUCCACGGAAAGACUCUUCUCAGCGUCGAUGCAGAAAUGUAAUGAUUUAUGGUUAUUGUAAAUUCGAGGACAAGGGUUGUGUAUACUAUCAUCCUCCGGCUGAAGAAGUCAUUCCCACUCCGUACGUGUAGUUGCUCAUUGUCAAGUCCUCUUUCGAGAAACCACAGCAGGGCGCGAUCGGCCUCUCCAGCAGCUGUCACAACUGCUACUUCGCCGAUAUCUGCACAUGCUGUCAAUGCACCUGUAUUCGUUCCUAAAGCCUCUUCAUUGUCUCUUCCUACUCCUUCGGCUCCUGUCACUCGUCAAUCUUUGGCUUCAUCAUCUCCUUCUUCUCCUGCCCCUCCGGACUAUCGUGAAAACUAUGCCUACUCGGAUAGUGAACAAGUGGCCGAACUCGAUACGCAAUUCUACGAUGACUCUCAAGCCCACUUCGACGGCUACUCGGCCGGAUAUGCUCAGAACAUGGAGGUUCCUUUUUACACGGGUCCGUCACAAGGGUAUAUGAGCGAGCCACUCGACCAUCAUCUCUACACUCCCGCUAUUCCUUCGGCAUUCGUUACCUCUUCGACCGAUAGUCACUUUAUACAUCCAUCUUCCGAACUUCGGCAAGUACUACUAGAACGUAGCCACACCAGUCGCAGUGCUCCAAUUUUAGGAUCUAAUCUCCCAGAAGAGCUUCAAGGGUACCACACAUUCGUUCCCAUCGAUACUGUUAGCUCUUCGGAGCGGAAAAAGUUCUUCAACUUAGAUUCUGUGGUAUAUCGGGCGAUCAAUUCUACCGACGGAAUUCCUUAUGUCCUACGAAGAAUCGAAAACUUUCGUCUGAUGCAGCAAGCUGCUUUCAAUGCCAUCGAAGCUUGGUCUCAAAUUCGUCAUCCCAACAUUGUUACUGUUCACGAAGCAUUCACUACACGGACGUUUAACGACAGUUCUCUGGUUGUCGUAUAUUCUUACUAUCCCAAUGCUCAAACAUUGUUUGAUGCUCACAUGAAAUCCACAACCCCGUCUGCUUUACCGCAACAUAUACUCAAUGGAGGGGGCCGAGUUCUUCUUGGGCAAUCUCACUCUUUACCUCAGCUUUCACAGUACGGCCAAAUGCUUCCUUCGCAUUUUGCUUCAUCUCUAUCUUUGCAUCAACUACAAGCAGGUGGCAUCCCAGAGCGUGUUCUCUGGUCGUACAUCGUUCAGAUAGCUUCUGCUAUCAAACGAGUACACGAAGCUGGAUUGGCGGUCAGGACCAUUGAUGCUACGAAGAUCUUGCUGACGGGUAAAAAUCGAGUGCGAAUUGGAUCGUGUGCAGUUUGGGAUGUGCUUACGUAUGACCAACAUCUCGAUAUGGUCGCACUGCAACACGAUGAUCUUCAGCAAUUCGGAAGGUUGAUAUUUGCACUCUGUUGCAAUAAUCCGCAGGCUACUACGAAUGGCAACUUUCAGAAGAGCUUAGAGAUCAUCAGUAAGACUUACAGCCAUGAUGUGAAGAACAUAGCGCUAUUCUUGAUCAGCAAGAAUCAUCCGCACAAGAACAUAAGCACUGUCUUUGAGAUGAUCAGUGGCAGACUUUUGACAGAAUUGGACGACGCUUUCGAGGGUAUGGAUCGCCUAGAGAAUGAGAUGUUGAGCGAGCUCGAGAACGCACGAUUGGUUCGUCUUCUCUGUAAAUUUGGCUUCAUCAACGAGAGACCCGAGUUUGCCCGAGAUUCUCGUUGGUCAGAAACGGGUGACCGCUACAUCAUCAAACUUUUCCGGGACUACGUUUUCCACCAGAUUGAUGAACGCGGAAAUCCGGUCACCAAUAUGUCACACGUCCUUACAUGCCUCAACAAACUUGAUGCUGGCACUGAAGAAAAGAUCAUGUUAGUAGCACGAGAUGAACAAAGUUGCCUUGUCGUCAGUUACAAGGAUAUCAAAGCUUGUGUGGAAGCCGCAUUCAGUGAUUUGUCUCGUGCCUCUUCCUCAAGAUAAUAUCAGGGUUGUUAUAGUGAGGAUCUGGAUGGUCAACCACACUGUUCCUUCUAUGUGUCCAAUUAUCACGUCGUAAAAUAGGUAGAAUCAGAAAAAGACUUGGAUAAUGAAGAAAAAAUAUUUUCAAUC